CAAACAUCUCUAGACCCUGGGAUCUUUGCAGCAACAACGGUGAACGGAGCAGCACCAUGAAAGCAAUCCUCACCACAACCCUCCUCGCCUUAAUCUCGGCUAACGGUUACGGAUACCCGAACUUGGGUUUCAAGCCCGGUGCCGGAUUUGGAGGUGGCAAUUUCGGCUACGGAGGACUUGGUUUCAAGGCAGCUGGUACUGGCUAUGGAACCGGCGGUAGCUUCGGAACUGGCUUCAAGCCAGGUACUGGCUACGGCAACUUUGGCUACGGAGCAGCAGGUUUCAUGUUCGGCACUGGAUAUGGCGACGGCAGUUUUGGAUACGGAGGACCUGGUUUAAAGUCUGGUGCUGGAAACCUCGGCUACGGACCAGCUGGUUUCAAGGGUGGCUCCGGCUUCGGCGGUGGUAGUCUCGGCUACGGACCAGCUGCUUUCAAGUCUAGUUCAGGCUUCAGCGCUGGCAGUCUCGGCUACGGACCAGCUGCCUUCAUGUCUGGUGCUGGAAACCUCGGCUACGGACCAGCUGCCUUCAAGUCUGGCGCUGGAAACCUCGGCUACGGACCAGCUGGUUUUAAGUCCGGUUCAGGCUUCGGCGGUGGCGGUCUCGGCUACGGACCAAAUGGUUUCAAGACCGGUUCAGGCUUCGGCGCUGGCAGUCUCGGCUAUGGGCCAGCUGGUUUCAAGUCUGCUGCUGGAAACCUCGGCUACGGACCAGCUGGCUUUAAGGCCGGUUCAGGCUUCGGCGCUGGCAGUCUCGGCUACGGACCAGCUGCCUUCAAGUCUAGUGCUGGAAACCUCGGCUACGUACCAGCUGGUUUUAAGUCCGGUUCAGGCUUCGGCGGUGGCAGUCUCGGCUACGGACCAGGUGGUUUCAAGACUGGUUCAGGCUUCGGCGCUGGCAGUCUUGGCUAUGGGCCAACUGGUUUCAAGUCUGGCGCUGGAAACUUCGGCUACGGACCAGCUGGGUUCAAAUCUGGUGUUGGAAACUUCGGCUACGGACCAGCUGGUUUCAAGGCCGGUUCAGGCUUCGGAGCUGGCACUCUCGGCUACGGACCGGCUGGUUUCAAGUCGGGUUCAGGCUUCGGCGCUGGCAAUCUCGGCUACGGACCAGCUGGUUUCAAGUCUGGUGCUGGAAACUUCGGCUACGGACCAGCUGGUAUGAAGGCUGGUUCAGGCUUAGGAUCUGGCAGUCUCGGCUACGGACCAGCUGGUUUCAAGUCGGGUUCAGGCUUUGGCGCGAGCAGUCUCGGCUACGGACCAGCUGGCUUCAAGUCUGGUGUUGGAAACUUCGGCUACGGACCAGCGGGUUUGAAGGCCGGUUCAGGCUUCGGAGCUGGCAGUCUUGGGUACGGACCAGCUGGUUUCAAGCCUGGUGCUGGAAACUCAGGUUUCGGUGGAGGAAAAGGCUCCGGUUUUGGUGUCGGAUACGGUCCUGGCUACUGAGCUGGCGUGAGUAAAAUGGGCAC